AUGCUCCGUCCGGGAUUCGCGGCGGCGUCUACGGCGGGCGCGACGUGGGCUAGCGAUCCCGCAGAGGGGGCGGCGGGUGGGACUGCAGUGGGGGGGGGCGCGUUGGAGGAUGCGGGGACGUAUGACGUGGCACGCAAUGAGAAGUGGGUUUCUGAGGAGAAGGCUCGGCUGCUGACUGUGCAGGGCGGCAAUGUGCCAGGGGGGCUGCUGUUGACACGUGGCAGCUGGCAAUGGGAGGAGAGAGGCCCGUCGCUCUACCGCCUCGUGGGGGUCAUGAGCUUCCACAACUUGAGGAGCAAGCAGGACAUCUUCCUCCCACAUGUGACGGCACGAGUGGCAGUGCUGCUCUCCUCCCACUCCCUCCACGGCAUCUCCACCCACGUCUCUAUCGCUCCGCGCCAUCCGGAAGGCACGCCUGUUCCCCGAGCGGACGGCUACUGGCCGGCAUACAUCGUCCGGGCGGGCAAGGGCACAGCCAUGGAGGUCACUGUUGAGAUCCGGGCGGCAGACUCAGAUUCAGAUUCAGGGGACAAAGCAGCCCUGUCGCACCUCAAGGCCGCCAGGCUGGACGUGCACUACCCGGCGUACGGGCCACAUGGCAGCCUGCCAUUGGUGCAGCACGUCAUCCUGCCCCUCGCCUUCCCCCCCUGCCCGCCUCCUUCUGCUCCUCACGCCCCUCAGUGGCGCAGUAUCGCAUCAGGCAUAUCAGUGCUGGCGGUCCCAACACACCUGCUGUGCCACCUGGACGACCCGCUCCUUGUGCUGCGACACUACGCAGCGCCAUAUGUGCAACCAGGUGACGUGGUGACACUUGGCGAGACCCCAUUGGCAAUCAUGCAAAGCGGCUUCCGCCACCCGGACUCCGUGCCCCCAGGCCUCCUUGCCCGCUUGGCCUGCCUCUGCUUCCUCCCUGCCUCGUCCCUUGCUACGGCUUGUGGCAUGCAGGUUCUGAUAGACUUGGUGGGGGUGGUGCGGGUGGUAGUGGCGGUGAUAGUGGCAAUACUGGCGCGGCUACUGCUGGGGAAGAGGGGGGUGUUUUACCAGCUGGCAGGGUACCAGGCGCGACUCAUUGAUGACAUCACAUGCACCCUCCCUCCUUACGACCAGUUCAUCACUCUAGGCCCCCUGCGCGUGCACGAGACGGUGAAGGGGUUGAGUGCAAGGCUGGGGUGUGCGGUGGCGGUGGUAGACGUCAACGACCUCAAGAAAGUCAAGAUCCUCGCUGCAUCAGCAGGGGUGGACCACAAGAGGCUCACCACAGCGCUGCUCCCCAACCCAGCAGGGAAUGCGGAUCAACAAACCCCAAUAGUCAUCGGCGGCAAUGUGCCAGGGGGGCUGCUGUUGAGACGUGGCAGCUGGCAGUGGGAGGAGAGAGGCCCGUCGCUCUACCGCCUCGUGGGGCGAAUGAGCUUCCACAACACGACACGCAAGCAGGAGAUUUUCAUCCCACAUGUGACGGCGAGUGUGGUGCUGCUCUCCUCUCACUCCCUCCACGGCAUCUCCACCCACAUCGCUCCGCGCCAUCCGGGCGGCAAGCCUGCCCCCCGGGCGGACGGUUACUGGCCGGCGUACAUCACCCGGGCGGGCAAGGGCACGGUGAUGGAGGUCACUGUUGAGAUUCGGGCGGCAGACUCUGACGACGAUGCAGCCCUCUCCCACCUCAAGGUACAAGCAGCCACCCGUGCUUGUCCCAUCUCCCUCCCCCUACCCUCUCCCGCCCUCACUCAAACUUCUCCUGCUCGUCUCUCAUGUCUCUCACACCCACCCCCCCCGCUCCUUCGCUCUCUCCCACCACCGCCCCCUUUCCUCCGCACCACACACGCCCCUCCCCUCACGUCCCUCCCCACAGGCGGCCAGGCUGGACGUGCACUACCCGACGUACGGGCCACAUGGCAGCCUGCCAUUGGUGCAGCAUGUCAUUCUUCCACUAGCCUUUCCCGCCUGCCCGCCCCCAUCUGCUCCUCACGCCCCUCAAUGGCGCAGGUAUGCCCUUCUCUUCUUUGUGUGCUCACUCUGCUCGAUAUGCUCGCUCUGCUCCUUAUGCUCGCUCUGCUGAUCCUGCUCCUCAGCACACAUGCACCGGGGGUGCGCACUCACACACGCAAACCCACGUCUCUCCUCCACUCCCCUGCCCCUCCAUCCGCAUUCACCUCUGCCCCGCACGGUCGCAAUGGUCCUCCUCCCCGGCAGCAUCGCACCGGGCAUAUCAGUGCUGGCGGUCCCGACGCACCUGCUGUGCCACCUCGACGACCCGCUACUCGUGCUCCGACGGUGAGACACGCCCCUCGCCCUCUUGUGCCAUCGCUUUCUACUCCUCGCCCUCUUGCAACUCGGUCUAGUCUAGUGAGAGAAGCCCUCCGACGUUACGCAGCCCCAUAUCUGCAACCAGGUGACGUGGUGACACUUGGCGAGAUGCCAUUGGCCAUCAUGCAGGGUCGCUUCCGCCACCCCGACUCCGUACGUGCGGGCCCUGUAGCCCGCUGGGCGUGCCACCGCUUCCUGCCCACCUCGUCUCUCGCGAUUGCUAGCGUGCUGGGCAUGCCGCCGCUUCCUGCCCACCUCGUCCCUUACUACGGCUUGCGGCAUGCAGGUGAAAAAGGGGAUGGGGCUGUGGGUGGGGUUGGAGAAGGCCCUUGUAGACGUGGUGGGGGUGGUGCGGGUGAUAGUAGCAGUGCUGCUGGCAGCGCUGGCACGGGUGCUGCUGAGGCAGAGGGGCGUGUUCUACCAGCUGGCACGGGAGCAGGCACGGCUUAUCGACGACUCGCUGCAGCCACUGCUGAUCCCCGUCCACUCGCUGCUGAUCCCCUUCCACUCGCUGCUGAUCCCCUUCCACUCGCUGCUGAUCCCCUUCCACUCGCUGCUGAUCCCCGUCCACUCGCUGCUGAUCCCCGUCCACUCGCUGCUGAUCCCCGUCCACUCGCUGCUGAUCCCCGUCCACUCGCUGCUGAUCCCCGUCCACUUGCUGCUGAUCCCCUUCCUCUCGCUGACUCCCCCGUCCACUCGCUGACUCCCCCGUCCACUCGCUGA